AUGCACGACCUCAUAACGCCGGAUCCAUUCCCGGAGGAUGUUCUUCGAAAGGCGAAGAAAUUGAGGGAAACGUUACCGGUGCCAGAGAGCCUUGAUUCACCUUUCUAUCUCGCACGACUACUGCGGGCUUGUGGAGGGGACGAAAAGAUGGCCAGGAAAAGAGCAGAAGAGAUUUUCAGUCACAGGGAGGUACUUGGCUACGCGAGAUGUAGCGAUCUGGAGAUCUUCACAGAAUUUCCUAUUUCGAAAGCAACUUUGGAGCGAUUUCGUGUCUCUUUAGUGAGAGGAUCUCCUCGUUCUGGAGAUGUUUAUGUUGCUUUCCAGAAGAUGGAAGGAUGCGAUCUCAGAGAGGUACAACAUAUUUCGUGGGAGCAUUUUUUUUCUAAAGCUAUUCUCAUAUUGUGCUAG